AUGGCGCCACCAGAUAUCUCUGUUGAAGACCUCACCUACACUUUCCCGGACUACUCUACAGGUGUGAAAAACAUCUCGCUCAAUGUGCCGCCCCGCAGUCGCACUCUGCUCAUCGGAGCCAACGGCGCCGGCAAGACCACGCUUCUGCGCCUGCUAGCCGGGAAGCGCCUGGCCCCGAGUGGCAGCAUCAAGGUCUCGGGCGUUGACCCGUUCAAGGACAGCCUGGAGGGCGUCACGUACUUGGGCUUGGAGUGGGUGCUUAACCCCAUCGUCCGCAACGACAUCGGCGUCAACGAGCUGCUGCGCUCCGUCGGCGGCGACGCAUACCCGGACCGCCGCGAUGAGCUCAUCAAUGUGCUGGACAUCGACGUCGAAUGGCGCAUGCACGCCGUGUCCGAUGGUGAGCGCCGCCGCGUGCAGCUCGCCAUGGGUCUCAUCCGGCCGUGGACUGUACUCCUGCUCGACGAGAUCACCGUCGAUCUGGACGUGUUGAGCAGAUCCGAGUUCCUGGGCUGGCUCGCGCACGAGACGGAGAUCCGUGAGUGCACCAUCGUCUACGCGACCCACAUCCUGGAUAACCUUGCCGGCUGGCCGACGCACCUCGUCCACAUGCACCUUGGAACCAUCAAGGAGUGGGGUCCCGCGGAGAAGUUCCUGGGCGAGAACAAGGGCACAAGCACCGGGAACAGCCAGCUUGGAGAGCUUGUUCUGGGUUGGUUGAAGGCUGAUCUGAAGCAACGCGGCCCAAGAAACCAUUCGAAGCUGGGGACCGAGGGAAUGUCCUACCUGGUCGGUGGCUUCGGCGGCUACGGAGAUGAGAGCAGCGAGAAGAAAUGA